AAAACGAAACAAAACGUCACUUAAGUCGCUAAACCGAACCAAGCUCCGCGAUUUCGUUGAUUUCUUUAUUGUUUUAGCUUUGCAGCACCGGCAUUGGCAUUUUAUCGCUUGUAAUAAGUAACGUCGACCUUUUCAACAGAACGGACAAUUUUAUUAACCAAAGUUACUAGACAAACCUAACAAAAUUGCUUCCACAAUGACAGUGACGCGGGUCGCGGAAUCCCGCACCGAAUUUAAACUGAAAAGUCUGCCCGAAGACGUGAUAUCGAGUGUUAAAUUUGCUCCUAAGUCCAACCAAUUUCUUCUGGUGUCAUCUUGGGACUGCUCCGUGAGGCUGUACGAUGUGAGCGGGAAUGUGGAGCGGCAUAAAUACAACCAUGAGCUUCCCGUGCUGGAUGUCUGCUUUAGGGAUGCUGUCCAUUCAUACAGUGGAGGGCUCGACCAGACACUCAAGAUGUAUGACCUCAAUGCAGGCUCGGAAACAAGCCUCGGUGAGCACAAGGGCGCUAUUCGCUGUGUGGAGUAUGCAAAUGAAGUCAAUGCUGUCUUGACAGGGAGUUGGGACGGAACUGUUAAAAUGUGGGACAGCAGAGUACCCAAUUGUGUUGGAACAUAUAAUCAAGGAAAUGAGAGGGUAUACACCAUGAGCAUAGUUGGUGAGAAGUUUGUAGUGGGCACGUCCGGCCGCAAGAUCUUUGUCUGGGAUGUCCGCAACAUGGGGCACGUAAAUCAGCGGCGUGAAUCCUCACUCAAGUACCAGACAAGAUGCAUCCGAGUCUUCCCUAACAAACAGGGUUACGUGCUGAGCUCUAUCGAGGGUCGCGUGGCGGUGGAAUACCUGGACAGCAAUCCAGAGGUCCAGAAGAAGAAAUACGCCUUUAAGUGUCACCGGAUCAAGGACGGAGGCUUAGAAAAGAUUUACCCGGUGAACGCCAUCAGCUUCCACUCCGUGUACAACACAUUCGCGACGGGCGGCUCUGACGGCUAUGUCAACAUCUGGGACGGCUUCAACAAGAAGAGACUCUGUCAAUUCCACAGGUACAACACUGCGGUAUCUUCCCUCUCGUUCUCGGCGGACGGGUCGGCGCUGGCCAUCGCGUGCUCGCAGCUCGACGAGUCUCAACAGGAGGACCCGAAGCCCGAGGACACCAUCUACAUCCGAUACGUCACCGACCAGGAGACCAAGCCCAAAUGAGUACCGCUUAGUUCAAGCCCGACAGUCUACGACUAGUUUACGACGUUAACAUUGCCUGAUCGUGACAGUGUGUUGAUUUGAACUCUAAGGGUAGGUAUUCCACGUGUCCAAUUUCUUUGUCCAAUGUAAUUGCGUCUCACUGUCUCACUAAGCAAAAUGUGAGACGCAAAACACAUUGGACAGGUGGAAUGCCACCCUAAGCAACAUACUACAGACAAUAUCGACUAUCUGGAUCUGGUUGUAAUACUAAUAAAGUUCGUUAACUUCAUUCGACUUUUCAGUUCCCUGUGUGAAUGAUGCCGAUAGUAUUCGCAAUAACCUUUUCAAACACUUAUGUAUUUGUAAGAAAGGGAUAAAUCAUAAUUUACCUAAAUCAGGCCCG